CAUGAAAAUCCUCAUUUGUGCAGAGUGGCUGCCAUGAAAAUCCUCAUUUGUGCAGAGUGGCUCCUCCUGCUGUCCUGUCAUCAGACUCCUGAGACUGAACACAACAUACACUACUCACGUGUACCAAAGGGUAGAGAAGUCUUACAGCUGCAGGGAGUACUUAGUGUCAGAUGAGAGUAUUAUUGGAUGGCAGCAGGGCUGUCAAGUUCCAGGUCUCCAGGAGACUUGAUGACCAUAGGAUUGAACUACCCUAGGGGUAGAGAAUCUGGAGGUUGUGGAGGGGCCUUUUUGGUUAAGUUGCCUUCCUGAGAAAUCUUGUGCAGCCGAAGGUUUGUCCUUCUCUAACAUGGCGGUGACGAUUCCCACUGCGUCAAAGCACGCGCGUGUCAGUGUGCACCAGUUACCGAACAGAAGCAGAGGCUACUUUUACAGAUGUCCACCCCUCCUCAGCAAGAGAUUCCUGUUGCUAAGAAGCAGAGGAAAUCAAAACACAUUCAGUGUAGAGCUUGCGAUACUCCACUUCCUGAUGGAUGUGACAGGAGAUUCUGCAAGGAAUGUUUGGCGAUCUUAGCUCAGAAGGAGGUUACAGCUGCCACUACUCCUUCUACAGAUUGGAUUAAGGAUGUUAUCUCUUUGCAAGAGAUUUUAGUCCAGAUGCGGGUUGAUCCAAAUACACAGUGUCGUGCUAUUGCGGAAGCUUCUUCUCCCCUAACCAAUCAGUGGCUUUUGGGGGAUACAGAGGUGGAUUCGUCAUCAGAGGAGGAAGAUGAACUAGCUCUUUUUUCUGCUGAGAAUACGGCAAAAUUAAUUAAGAAAGUAAAGGCUUUUAUGGAUAUUGCUGAUGAGAAUGAUCCUCAGUCUUCUUCUUCAGCUAAAAAUCUUUCCCAGUUCAUCCUGUCAUGAAGGAACUUAGGAAAGAGAGUGGAAAAAUCCUGAGAGAGCUCCAUCUAUUACAAAGAGACACAAGUUAUUGUUUCCUAUCCAAGAAGAGGAGCUGGAGAAGUGGGAAUCUCCACCAAAAGUGGAUAUUACGGUAGCAAGGCUAUCAAAGAAAACUGUCAUUCCAGUGGAAGAUGGGUCUGGUCUAAAAGACCUUAUGGAUCGGAAAGUGGAAAGUUUGCUUAAACGCUCUUAUACAGCAGCAGCAGCUUCUUAUAAGACAGCUUUAGCAGCCUCAGGGGGUAGCUUGCUCCUCAAGAUUUCGGCUAAGAUAGCUCCAUGAAGACAUAAGUAAUAAAAUUCCUAGAGAGGAAUUACUUGAAUCACUAUCGAAAAUUUCUACAGCAGUGGAUUUUCUGUGUGAUGCUUCUAUUGAAGGGAUAAAAUUAGCAACCAAAGCUAUAGCAUUGUCAACUGAUGCCAGACCAGCAGAUGUCACUUCAAAGAAUAGUCUCUGUGCUAUGGCUUUUGAGCCAGCCAUCUUUUGGGUCAGAGCUAGACAAACUUCUAGUCACUGUCAGGAGCCAAAGGUAAACGUUUGCCUCAAGAGAACUUGAAUAGAAGAAAGAAACUUUUUCUUCGGUAUAGACGCUCCUCACUGAGAAGAGAUUCUUUACAGAGGGAUAGAAAGAAAACAGAAGUUAGUUCUUUUCAGUCAACAGAUACAGAGGAGAGAAUAAAUCUGCAGGGCAGAAAAAAUGCUUCUGACGCCAGAAGUUGUCUUCCUUUGGGAGGAAGAUUGAAGGCUUUUUAUCAAGAAUGGGAAGAAAGAAUUUCAGAUUUUUGGAUCCUGAAGUUGAUAGGAUACAAAGUAGAAUUUCUUUUCCUCUACACAGAAUUCUCAUAACGCCCAUUACAUCGCCAAUAAAACAAAAAGCUUUAGAGCAGGCAAUAGCAGAAUUCCUCUCCGCCAAGGUUCUUGAGCCAGUGCCUCCAUCCCAAAAUUUUCAAGGCACCUAAGGGUUUUUUUUUGGUACCAAAACUAAAUGGAAGUUUUGAUAAUAGAUUUGAGGUUUGUAAACCAGUUCAUCAGGAAGUUGGCAUUCCGUAUGGAAAAUAUCAGUUUGACUAUAAAGGUCUUAGAUCAUGGAGACUAUAUAACUUCUUUAGACCUCAAAGACGCCUACCUUCAUGUACCACUUUUCAAGGACCACAGAAGAUUUCUUCGAAUAGCUCUGUACAUGGGAGGAGAGCUUCAUCAUUUUCCGAGUCCUGCUUUUCGGUAUAACAACGGCUCCCCGGGUGUUCACCAAAAUUGUAGCAGCAAUAGCAGCUGUAUUAAGAGAAGGGAUCACAAUAAUCCCCUAUCUGGACAAUUGGCUUGUCACAGCAAUAUCAGCGUCACUGCUUUGAAACAUUUGGACAGAGUGAUUGCCUUUCUUCAACAGCUAGGUUGGAUAAUAAACUGGGAGAAAUCAUCAUUACUUCCAUCCAGGGUGAUAAACUUCCUGAGGAUGGAAAUCAAUUCAUCCAAGAUGAAAGUUUAUAUACCACCGGAGAAAGUUCUCAGGCUCAAGCAAUCAGUGCAACAGAUCAUUGCCAGACCUCAUUCCUCUCUCAGAGAAUUGAUGAGGGUGCUAGGUCUGAUGACAGCAACUAUAGAUGCUGUACCAUGGGCGAAAUUUCACACAAGGCCUCAUCAAGCGGAUAUUCUCCUCAGAUGGGAUCGCCAGCUUUCCUCCUUGGAGAAAAAGAUUUUUCUCGGCAGAGAGACAAGACACCGGCUUCAGUGGUGGCUUCAAGAUCACAAUCUUACACAGGGAUUGUCCUUCCAGCAGAUGAAUUGGUUGAUUCUGACAACAGAUGCUUCCCAAUCAGGAUGGGGGGCCCAUCUCAACAGCACAAGGUGUCUGGAGUCCAAUGGAAAGGACUAUGUCCUCAAACUUCAGGGAAAUGAGGGCAGUCUUCAAGGCAAUCUUGGCGUUAGAACUGCAUCUGAGAGGAAGACAUCUGAAAAUCAUGUCAGACAAUUCCACCAUGGUGGCUCCCUUACUGAGCAAGGAGAUAUGGAAGAUCAUGGAGUGGGCAGAGAACAAUGUGCCCAGUAAUAUGGCAGUGCACAUAAAGGGAGAGAACAACAUGUUGGCAGAUUAUCUAAGCAGGAAUGCAUUCAGACCGGGGGAGUGGUCUCUGAAUCAAGAAAUAUUCUUGAAAAUUACGAAACGUUGGGGACUUCCAGCUAUAGAUUUAAUGGCGACCAGGAAGAAUCGCAAGCUGAGAACAUUCUGUUCCCUCAACAGGCAAGAUCAUCCGGAUUUCUUAGAUGCGAUGUUAAUCAGGUGGAAUUUUCACCAAAUAUAUAUAUUCCCGCCAUUUUCCAUGAUUCCCAGGGUCAUUCAGAAGAUCAAGAAGAACAGAUGAAGACCAUCUUGAUGACCCCUUUCUGGCCAAGGAGAGUCUGGUUCUCACUGUUGAUGAGGAUGGCCAGGAAAGAAUAUUGGGUCCUUCCUCAAGUUCCGGAACUUCUGACUCAAGGACCAAUUGUCUGCCAUGACCUUCCCCCACGUCAUGGGCAGAAAUCGCAGGAGUAGCUAUGGAUAAUAUCUGCAAAGCGGCGACAUGGAGUAACCCAAACACUUUUGUGCAGCACUACAGGGUGGACAUCUUAGCCGCUCAGGAAGCGUCCUUUGGCAGUAAGAUUCUCCAGAGGGUGAUAUAACCUUGAAACCCUCUGCCGUACAUGGACGUAAGGGAAUGAGUAAAUUUAUACUAAAUAAUAAAAGAUAUUAAGCAUUAAAGGUGUUACUCAUUAUUCACUGGUGAUCUCUAGGGGGAGUGCCUAUUCAUGGGUGGGGUUAAUUAACCUUUUCUCUUCAUUGUCCUACAUGGCAGGUUGCAAAGAAUAAAUCUCAUGGUUGCUGCAGUAAGGACUAAGGGAAAAGUAAAUUACUGUAAGUAUAAAUUUACUCAUUCAUGUCCUUUGCCAGGGCCCACUUAAGACCAUCACAAUCAUCACACAAAACUAAAAACAAAAGGCUCACACAGGCUGAAAAGCCCUUCAGAAUAUGGUGAGCUACAUCAGAGCAAAUCUGUUUGCUUCUACCCUGGCUGUCUUUGGCCAAAACGUUUUACAACAGAACUAGGAAGCAGAAGUGGAACCGACCUGUACAGACAAAGUGAGGAGGCCAAUUGUUCGGUCUUGUCUCCAGAGAUAAAGCUAGACAAAACCCAAAUUUCCCUUAUAUCUAGCUCACACAACUUUUCAGCGCUGUAUAGAGAUUAUAUAUGAGGAUCACAUGCUAGACUGAAAAUGAUAAGUGCGAUGGUCUUUACCAAAAUAGCUAGAAGGAAAAAUCUUCCCACCAAAUAGCAAGUAUCAAUACAAGAUAUGUAGUGGCACAUAUGUUUCACAAGAUGGCAGUGAUGUUAGACAUAGGGGCAAAUUCACUAAGAUUCGUAGUUGCGCCAGGCGCAACUUCGCCGCACUUCGCCAGGCGUAGUUU